GUUAGGGGUCUCGUUGUGAACACAUCACCUUGGCCCCUCUCAACCAGAUCCCACCUGCCUCCUCUCAUUGUUAGCGGUUCUUCUUUUCUUCUCGCCCACAUCUCUACCCUCUCCUUUUCUUGGUUCUUGCAGCAGCUAGGAAAGAUGGUGAACCCAGACACAAUGAGAACCAUCGUCGGCAUUAUUGGAAAUGUCAUCUCUUUCGGGCUAUUUGCCUCGCCUAUCCCAACUUUCAUACAAAUUGUUAAGAAAAAAACCGUGGGAGAAUUCAAGCCAGAUCCCUACCUAGCAACUGUACUGAACUGCAUGAUGUGGGUCCUGUACGGCCUCCCAUUCGUCCGUCCAGACAGCCUUUUGGUCAUCACGAUCAAUGGCGGUGGUCUUGUCAUUGAGCUCAUCUACGUCACCAUCUUCUUUGUGUAUGCUGAUUCACUAAAGCGCAAAAAGAUAGCUUUGUGGCUUCUGUUUGAAGUGAUCUUCAUGGCCAUUAUAGCUGCCAUUACCAUGCUGCUCUUCCAUGGAACCAAAAAUAGAUCAUUGUUCGUGGGGUUAUUGUGUGUUGUGUUCAAUGUUAUUAUGUACGCUUCCCCGCUCACCGUCAUGCGUCAAGUCAUCCGGACGAAGAGCGUCAAGUACAUGCCAUUCACCUUGUCGUUGGCCAACUUCGCCAAUGGGAUUGUUUGGUCUAUCUAUGCACUCAUUAAAUUUGAUCCCUACAUCUUGAUUCCCAAUGGCUUGGGAUCUUUGUCUGGCGCAGUCCAACUGAUCCUAUACGCAACCUACUACAAGUCCACCCCAAAGGACGAGGACGAUAAGAAGCCACCCGAGGUUCAACUCUCCGGGAUGUGAUCAUGCAGGCCUUUAGUUUCCGGAUCUUGUAUUUCAUUUUGAUUUGUUUUAUUUUCAAUUCAUUCUUCCUCAUUUUUCUCC